GUUUUCCUUAGCAUUUUAUCGUAUAUUAAUUGUCAUAUCUCCUAAGUACAAAAAUUAUUAUAUAUUUUAUUGUUUCAGUGUUCAAAAAAUGUAUUCAGUGCAAUUCCACUGUGUUUAUUUGUACAUGUAAACAUAUAAAUAGUAAACAAGGUAUUCAAAAUGACUAAGAGGUUUUAAUUCAAGACUAAACUAAACUGUAACAUAUUUAAACUUCUUAACGUAAUUCGAAACAAUUCUGUACACAUGUUUUAAAACAUGUUCAUGUACUUUUGUCUUUUCGUUUGUAUUUUCGUACUUUACCCUCCAUGUUUUGUUUGGUGAGAUUAUAAAUCAAUUUUUUUCAAUUGUUAAACUAGUUUAAACCUUUUUUUGUCUUAAACUAACUCAAAUUUAGUCUCCUUUUUCCUUUUUGUUUGCACAUGUUCUCAUUUAUUUUCAGUAGAACCAGAAUUUUCCAUGUAUCUCAAUUAAAGCUGAACAAGAAAUGAUAGAUGAAUGCCCUUAAAUAGAUCAUUUUCUAUUUAAAUAUCCUUCCGCUGAGCAGCAUGGUGUACAAAGUACAACCUCCAAAGAGAAGAACUAUUUUAGGCUAGCGCAUUAAUAUUUACGAACUGAUUGAGCAGAUGAGUGUCUUUAACAGGUUUGCAUCGUACCCUUCAUGACGUUAUCUUGAAUUCUGUCCUUUUGCAGUUUGUACAAGCUUCCUCCUGUCCCUGAUGGUGUUAUCUGUGAUAAUACCAUUUUUUUUCCUACUACCCAGAAGCCUUUGGAGUCCCCUAGGCUGUGUGUAAAGCCGGAGUGAUGACAUUACACGGAGAAGCGGCUCUUCUGCUGGCUCACAGCUGAUGGAGUCCCUGCAGUGUCCCUGCUCUUCCUCACACUCAACUGGGAACAAAUGAGGAGGACAGGGAGCAUGGAAACGGGACUCUGAGUUGGAGGAACUGUUAUUUGCAUUAACUGGAAGCACAGGAGCGUUUUGGAUGGAACAGCUGCUUUUUCUGUUUUUGAGUUUACAAGAUAUACCUUUUUCUUUUAUGGAGGUGGGAUAUUCUUGUUCUGUUGACACAAAUCUAGAAAUUGCCAGUGUGGAUUUUUGAAUAUUUUUUUCACGCAUUUCACUGAUUUUUUUUUUUUUUUUUAACUACAUGAAGGUCAAACAAAUCACCAUGCCUAGAUGACUCCUGUCGUUUUUGCAGCCAUUCGGCCUCAUGACUUUACAAGUCCAGCAAGACUUUUGCAGUUUGGAUCUUUAGAAAAGUUGUGAUCAAUUAAAUGGUCUGCAGAUCAAGGAAAAGCCAAAGUACUAUGCAUCGUUGUGGUUGUCUUACAUCCAACCCAAAGCCAUUAACCUCAGCAGAAAGACACGCUCAUAGCCGUACCUAAAUCCCCACCAAGAAGAUCCCUCUGUAGAUUUGUGGUUCGGGAGGUGCAGAAACCUGCAGUGAUGUUUGCUGCUGUGGAGCAUGGACCAGUGCUCUGUAGCGACUCCAACAUCUUGUGCUUGUCCUGGAAGGGCCGAGUACCUAAGAGCCAGAAAGAGAAGCCAGUGUGCAGGAAGCGCUACUAUGAGGAGGGAUGGCUGGCAACGGGCAACAGUAGAGGAGUCGUGGGAGUCACGUUUACGUCCAGCCACUGUAGAAGGGAUCGGCCCCCCUUGCAGAGAGUGAACUUCAACCUUCGAGGACACAACAGUGAGGUGGUGUUGGUGCGCUGGAAUGAGCCUUUUCAGAAGCUGGCCACUUGUGACACUGAUGGAGGGAUUUUUGUGUGGAUUCAGUACGAGGGCCGCUGGUCUGUGGAGUUGGUCAAUGAUCGUGGAGCUCAGGUGAGUGACUUCACCUGGUCCCAUGAUGGCACCCAAGCACUCAUCUCGUACCGUGACGGCUUUGUGUUGGUGGGCUCCGUCAGCGGGCAAAGACACUGGUCUUCUGAAAUCAACCUGGAAAGUCAGAUUACCUGUGGCAUCUGGACUCCUGAUGACCAGCAGGUGUUGUUUGGCACUGCAGAUGGACAGGUCAUAGUGAUGGACUGUCAUGGACGCAUGCUGGCCCACAUCCUGCUGCAUGAGUCUGACGGUAUUGUCAACAUGUCCUGGAACUACCCCAGCUUCCUGGUGGAGGACAGCAGCGAGAGCGACACGGACACUGAAGACUACUCCCCGCCACAAGUUCACACUCACAAACCCUUGCUGACGGUCAGCUUCACCUCCGGAGACCUCAGCCUGAUGAACAACUACGAUGACCUCUCACCCACCCUCAUUCGCACUGGCUUGAAAGAUGUUGUGGUCCAGUGGUGCUCUCAGGGGGAUCUUCUGGCAGUGGCAGGGAUGGAGAGAACACCCCUGUCUCCUGAAGCGGCCUGUUCUCUCCCAGUUAGGAAUGCCACAGUCAAGUUCUACAACGUUCAAGGAGAGCACAUCUACACACUCGACACACCAGCGCAGCGCCCCAUCACAACGCUCUGCUGGGGUCACAGAGACUCCCGCCUGUUCUUGGCAUCGGGUCCUGCCCUCUAUGUGGUGCGGGUGGAGCAUCGCAUCGCCUCUCUGCAGCUACUCUGCCAGCAGGCCAUCGCCUUAGCCGUAAAGGAGGAAAAAGAUGUUGCCAAGCUCACCAUGCCUUCCCGUCUUUGUUCCUACGUCACCGCUGCUUUUGUCCCUACCAUCAAGCCCCCCAUCCCAGAUCCCAACAACAUGCGUGAUUUUGUGAGCUACCCAACUGCUGGAAACGAACGUCUGCACUGCACCAUGAAGCGCACCGAGGACAACCCUGAGGUCGGAGGUCCGUGCUACACGCUGUAUCUGGAGUACCUGGGAGGCCUGGUGCCUAUCCUGAAGGGCAGAAGAAUCAGCAAACUGCGGCCUGAAUUUGUCAUAAUGGACCCUAAGACUGAUGGGAAAACAGAUGAGAUAUAUGGCAACAGUCUGAUAUCGGCGAUGAUUGACAGCUGUAACUGCUCAGACUCCAGCGAUAUCGAGCUUAACGAUGAUUGGGUCGGCAAGAAGUCCCCAAAGAUAUCCAGGGGAAGCAAAUCUCCCAAACUUCCCAGAGACUUAGUUUGUCCCUUUACCAACAGGAUAAACAUUGACCCCAGAAAAUCCCCCAAACUUUCACGUGCUACGCAAGAAGUCUCUAGGUCGCCACGGUUACCCAUACGGAAACCUUCUAUCGGGUCACCCAGUUUAUCUCGGAAAGAGUUUCCUUUGGACGACAUUAAUCAGCAAAACUACCUAGCUCAGGUUACAUCCAAUAUUUGGGGAACCAAGUUCAAAAUAGUGGGACUGGCCACAUUCUUGCCAACCAACCUUGGUGCAGUUAUCUACAAGACAAGCCUCCUCCAUCUCCAGCCCAGACAGAUGACCAUCUACCUGCCAGAGGUGCGCAAGAUUUCGAUGGAUUACAUCAACCUGCCUGUCUUCAGCCCCAAUGUCUUCAGUGAGGAUGAAGAUGAUCUGCCUGUCACAGGCCCUGCUGGUGGUGCUGAUGAUAACCCCCCAUGCACUGUUAACAUUCCUAUUGCCCCUAUUCAUAGUCCCGCUCAGGCUAUGUCCCCCGCCCAAAGCAUUGGCCUGGUCCAGUCACUCCUGGCCAAUCAGAACGUCCAGCUGGAUGUUCUUAGCAAUCCCACUGCUAAUCCCGCUGGAGCGGCUGCCAGUGGGUCAGAUCAAAGCCAGGACCCCAUCCUGACGGCCCAAUACACUGUUCCCACCAGGUACUCCAGUCCCGGUCAGUUGCAGUCUCAGCAGCAGCAGCAUCACAUGCAACAACAGCAGAGCCACCAUCCAUUUCAGCAGCUUCAGAUUCAAAUCCCGGUUUCCUCGAUGUCGUCAAGUCAGCCUUCAGGUAAAACUCUGCACCAGCUGCAGCAAGGAGCUCUGCAGAUCCAGAUUCCUCACCUGCCUGCUGAUUUAGUCAUGGAGAGAACACUAGGGGCAGAGCAUGAGCACUUACUGAAAAUCAAAACCACCAGGUCAGCUUCUCAGCUGGCUGAUAGUGACACAGUUGUGUUCAGUGCUCCUCUAGAGCUGAGCAAGAUGAACCCCCCGCCCCCUUAUCCUGGCACUGUGGCUGCUGCUGUAGCUGCUGCGGCAGCAUCCGCUUCUGCUGCAGCUUCUGGCUCUUUAUCGGGAACCGGAGGAGGCACAAGCGGAAAUCCUCCGCCUGGUGACCUUUGUCUAAAGAAAGGAGAGUUCCAGCUUUACCCCCCGGGUCAGCAGCAAACACAGUACCACACCCCUCUGGGCUAUGAGCGGAUAACAACCUUCGACAGCAGCGGGAACGUGGAGGAAGUAUGUCGCCCUCGAACGCGGCUCGUCUGCAAUCAGAAUGUCUACACACUCCAGGGUCCCGGCAGCUCUGCCACUCUCAGGGUCACGUCUUCUUCAUCCUCGUCUGACAAGAAGGUUCAGCUGCCUUACAACUCUGCUACCCUCAACAGACUCACUGCUCCUCGCUAUUCUAUACCAAGUGGAGACCCACCUCCUUACCCUGACUCAACAAAUCAGAGCAACGCUGCUGGAAGGAACCCCAGUCAGAGGCUUGACAGCAGUCUAAUCCAUGCAACCCUCAGGAGGAACAGCCGAGAGGCCGCACUGAAAGUUUCUCAGAUCCUGGAACCACCAAGACCGCUUCCUCCCAAGGCUAAAAAUGGUGCACUAGCUGCCUCCUUCCAGCAGAGGGUGCCAACAGCCUUAUACACAUGUAGUCAAUGUAGCAGUGGAUCCAGUGUAGGGGGCACUUCUCCAGGGAGUGCUAAUGGAAUAGCAGGCGGAACAAUUAUCAGGCAGGACUUUCCUCCAGGAAAUGGAGCGCCACACAGUACAGUUAUUGUUCAUUCCAACAGUGCAACUCCUCUGGCAUCUCAGUCGUCAUAUAAUCUGAUGAGCUCACUUGAAGGCUUUGGGAACUCAGCAGGAGGAGGAAGUAACCGAGACCGGGCUGAUUAUGUCAAUUCAGCGUUCACUGAGGAUGAAAGCCUGAACCAGUCACUGAAGCAUCUGUCGCUUGGAGGAAAUGAUGCGUCCGGGCUCGUCGUCAAACGCCCUCCUCCAUAUCAGUGGGAGCCGGCUGCAAUGGAGGAGGUGUGGGUUCCUCAGGAAAGGACAGCAUCUUUGAGCUCCACUGCCCCACCUGGACCACACAAACCUCCUCCCCUGGUUCUUAGCCCAUCUCAGCACUUGGAUGUAACCAGACUGCCUUUUGUCCUCUCUCCAAAGUCCCCCACCAGCCCCAAUGCUGCAUCAUUUCAGGCUGCCGCCGCAGCGUCAGGCUGCCAAAUCCUCCAGUACCCGCCUGCAGCCUCCUACGCGGGAGCCCAGCUUCAACCCAUGCCCGGAUCUCCACGCCCCUGCACCUCCCCCAAAGAGGUGGUGCCCCCUGUGUCCUUCUCACAGCAAGAUGCAACCCUAGUUUUACCCCCAGGUUAUCCUGCUAACUUAACUAACCUUGCCUGUUGCCCCCUCCCACCCAUGUACCCAGGAGGAAGUGCGUGUGUUGGGCUCCCCAUCCCUCCGAUAGCCCUUCACACCCCAUGGGGCACAUAUAACUCCUGCCCACCAAUGCCCAGUCCUGCUUUGCCACUGCCACCUAAAGCCUCCCACAUGGCUGUAGACAAAAGUGUUCUUUCACCUCCCCCUCCACCUCCUCCGCCACCUCCACCACCACCACCAGCAGAGCUGCAGAGCCACGGGGAGGCCAUGGCAGAGGCUGGAGAGAGUUUUCAGGAGGUGCUCUCCUUGACUGAAAGCCCUGUGCCGCAGCGCUCUGAGAAGUUCAGCAAGAAGAAUCGCAAACGGAUGGACAGCCGAGCCGAGGAGGCAAACGUAUCGCAGCUAGCUGAAGGGAGUAAAUCAAAGAAGGAGGGAAGAGCUCUGGGUGACUUCAACUCGCUCAUUUCCAGCCCCCGCUUGGGUGGGCGGGACAAAAAGAAGCUGAAGGGACAAAAAGAGCAGCAGAUGAAGACUAAAAAGCUGAGCAAAGCUACAGCUAAUAGCGAGUUCCAAGACAGUUCUGAAAGUGAGCCGGAGCUUUUCAUCAGUGGUGAUGAGCUCCUCAAUCAGUGCCAGAGCGGUAAGAAGGGCUGGAAAAGCAAGAGGAACCUGAGGGCUGCCAGUGAGCUGGAUGAGAUCAAGUGUCGAAAAACCAACGAAAAGGAAGACAGAGGACUGGGCAGCCAGGGCUUUGUUUACGUCAUGGCUAACAAGCAGCCACUCUGGAAUGAAGCAACACAGGUCUACCAGCUGGACUUUGGAGGACGGGUCACACAGGAGUCUGCUAAGAACUUCCAGAUUGAACUGGAGGGCAGACAGGUGAUGCAGUUUGGCAGGAUUGAUGGAAAUGCCUACAUUCUAGACUUCCAGUAUCCCUUCUCUGCUGUCCAAGCAUUCGCAGUGGCUUUGGCCAACGUUACUCAACGCCUCAAAUAAGGACCCCCCCCCCCACACACCCUGAUUUCCUUGAAUGAAAUGCAAAUACCGUCUGUUAGUGGGGCACAUUUGUUUCAUUUAGGGUUAGUAAGUCUUGAGUACAAGAAUGAAAUGACCUCUAGCCAUGUAGAGAAAUACAAUCACACUGCACUACACGAGGCUGUCACUAGGUGGGGUGCAAGAGGCACUGACAACACAGUGAGUGGCCUCCUAUGAAGCCUGUGGGGCCAAAGAGAUGAGCUGGGUUAUCAUGCAAAUAAAUGCUGCUUUAGAAGCUUACAGGUUUGGUAACUAUCCAAUAGAGAAGUGUCAGGGGGCAGUUUUUAAAAGUAGAAGCAGCAGUAAUACUUGAAUAAUGCUACACUCUGGAGUUAAAGUUACUUUCCCAGAGGACAGAGGUACUACUGGGCACUGAAAUCCAUUGCUGUACAAAAACUUUUAGUGAAACACGACCACUUUAUUAUAUUUUUAGUUUUAGGAUUCUAAUAAGUGACACAUAUUGGGAGUGACGAGGUUUUUUUUUUCUUGUUAUUGCUCACCAUCACUUGAGAACACUACUCAAAGUUACAACUUUCUGCUGUCAUGACUUUUUUUUUUUUCCAUUGUUACAAAUUCUAACCCUAAAUGGUUAAAGUGGAAUGCAGUCCUCUGAGUUUGAAGGAAACUAUAUUCUUCUACAUGAAAAAUGAAUUUCUCAUUUGUGACACAAUUUGUGUUUCUCACCUGCUCUGUUUCGGGUGAAAUGCAUUUGAAUAUUGCUGUGUACUUCAAGAAUUCAGGUAGGAGCGGUUUACAGAAUAGCUUUGGAUGGAAUCUCCUAUACAAAGUUGAUUAUCCGCAUGCGGUGACACGGAUGCCAGAGACGUCCCCAAGCUUGGACUGAACAUCUUAGCCUUUUGGCAUGAAGCGAUUUGUCACCUGCUGUCACUUCUGUGAAGUGAGUGUGUAGUCAGGGGGCUGUCCCUGCUCUUUAGGACAUCACCUAACAUGACAGCAAGGUACAGGAAAUAUUUUUGUAUUUUGUCAAUGCCAUUUCAUACUCUUCUUCAAACCCGUGUACAUUUGACUUGUAACAGAUUUCUGUUGACACACCACCUUGUCUCAUUUCAGGCGUGGAAGAAAACUGUGGCUUUAGUUCAGCCGUCUCACUCUGCAGUGAAGAUUUAAGGUUUUUAGAUCGAUCUCAUUAAAAAAAAAGAAAGAAAUGAAAUCUGAAAUGCUUACUUUCUUUUUUUAAACAGCAAAAUGCAGAAUUCUGUAAUGCAAAAAAAUCCCUACAGAGGGAAGUAGACCCUGUUUGUGCCAAAAUAGGAUUUUUUUCAAAUCUAAGGUGAUUUAAAAAAAUACCAGCUAUAUCAACGCUCUAAAUAGUUGACCUUUGUAUGGAGGACACCAUCACUUCAAUUGAAAUGUUUUUCUAUAUCACAACAUGGGACAAAUGCUGGAAAGAAAAAAAAUCUUGGAAAAAAGAAAACACAAGCAUGUCAUAAGAAAAUACUAUUUUGUGUUUGUCGUGCAAUACUCUUAAGGGUGGGGAUUUAUUUUGUUUUUUAAUAUUUUUUCGAACACAUUUAAAUGCAUUUCUUUUAGUUCAGCAUCUCAGAUGCUGGUCUAUAAUUGUUAUUUAUGAGAUUGUUUCCUAAAGGAGUGGAUGUAUCUAUACAUAAUGUAUAUUGUGGAGUUUUUUGAACCUUUUCUUUUUUUUUUGUUGAGAGCUUUUGUUGUUUUUUUGUUUUUUUCAACGAGUGUUGCUCAAGUUGUAAGAUGUGGGGUCGGCAUGGGAACAGGUAGAUUUUCAGUGUCAUGUGAAGUUUGCAUUGGAUGAAAAAAAAGUGAAUGAGUAAGUAAGUAAGUGCCCACUUUAAUGUAGUUGGUAGACUAGUUUGUAGAGUGUAAGUGUCAAGUCAAGGUGUCGGUAUUCAGCUGUGCAGUCUACCAGUCCCAUCAGUGUUAAUUCUUUACCUUGAAACGUGUGUGGCUUCUACACAAACACACUGUUCCCAACUUCACCGGUGGAAAACCACUAAGUUCAUGUUCAGCAUUGCCCAUGGACUUGGUCAAACAUUCACUUAAAACUAAUUAAGAACUGUUGUAGAUAUUGUAAUUUGGCUUUUCUUUAGAAAAUUUUUCUGUUUUGUAUUUGUAGAUGUAGACUGAAAUGAAAAAAAAAGAAAAAUAAAAACGAGUGAUUUGUGGACUGAACGUUUAUAGUGGAUGGAUAAUAUGGCAUGCCAUGUAAAUUAUUUUAUAACUAUAUGUCAAGCAUCUUUUGAAUAAAAUGUUAUUGUUUCUGAAGAAAAAA